AUGGUCUUUGGCAUUCUCUGCGGCUGGUGCGUGCAACAGGAAAACGCCGAUGGUCAAACAACUACUCAGAACAAGGAGGAGCCAGUACCACCAUUGGCUCCGGAAGCAGCUCCAACCUACGAGAUCGUCUACUCGUGGAGUUUCGCGUUCGAUAACCUCAUGAAGUAUCGUCACGGACAAAAGCAUCUGGCCGAAUUUCUCAAGGGCGAGUUCUCCGAUGAGAACAUCUUAUUCUGGCAGGCUUGUGAGGAGUUGAAGCGCGAGAGAAACUCGGAGAAGAUCGAGGAAAAGGCGCGGAUCAUCUAUGAAGACUUCAUUUCGAUUCUGAGUCCAAAGGAGGUCUCAUUGGAUUCACGCGUACGGGAUCUCGUCAACACCAACAUGGGGCGUCCAUCGACUAGCACCUUCAACGAGGCUCAGAACCAAAUAUAUGUGCUCAUGCAGCGUGAUAGCUAUCCUCGCUAUGUAAAUAGCGCCCAGUAUCGCAAACUUCUCGAGUCGUUCGGUGUCAGAGAGAUGCCUGUUGAUUGA